CAAACACAUGAGACUUAUAAGAUUAGGGUAAACAAUUAGUUUUUCUUUUUUCGUAAACGGGGGAAUAUUCAUAUGGAAAGGGAGAGGCGUGAUAGCUCCAUUGCAAAUGGACACUACAGUUACAAUACUAAUGGGGAUUGUAGUCUCUUUUGCCAUGAUUAUCGUCUAUCGAACGGAGAUAAGAUUCCUUCUUACGGUUACAUUGAACAUUCCGUUUCCCGGUUCCAUACUCUCGCCGGCGUCGCCAUCAAGUACGGCGUCGAGGUAGCUGACAUAAAAAAGAUGAAUGGACUGGUUACAGAUAUUCAAAUGUUUGCUCUUAAGACACUCCAGAUCCCUUUACCCGGGCGGCAUCCACCUUCACCUUGUUUCUCUAAUGAUUCUCCGACUUCAGGGCAAAGCAGUGGCCACCAAACCCCGAAAAAAUUUCCAGCCUGA